UUUUUUUUCAGUUUUUCUGAAGGUUAUGCUUGGUGUGUUGAAUGUAAUUGAAUUAUUACGUCAAGGACAUUUAGACCAAGCAAUUGAAGAUUUAUUGGCUUUUAAUAGUAAAACAGAUGGAAAAAUAGCAAGUGCAGCUAGUAAUAAUUUGGCUUUAAUUAAUCUUUUGAAAGGAGAAGAUAAAUUAGAAGAUGCAUUACAAUAUUGUGAACAAGCAUUGAGUUUAGAUCGUAAUUCUGGUUUAGUUUGUCGUUUACUUGGGCAAUUAGAUGAAGCAAAAAGAAAUUUUUUUAAAUUAAAUGAUAUGUUGGCACAUGAACCUCAAGUACUUAUUCAAUUGGCAGAAAUAUAUAAUCAACAAGGAGAACAUUCACAAGCAAUAGAAUUAUUUACUCAAGCAAGUACUCUAGCCCCUACAGACCCUUCAAUAUUAGAAAGAUUAGCAUCUAUUUACGAGAAUUUUGGUGAUAAUUCAACAGCUUUUCAAUAUUUUCGUGAUAGUUUUCACCAUUUUCCUUCAAAUAUUUCAUUAAUUAAAUGGCUUGGAAAUUAUUAUAUGUCUGCACAUUUCUCAGAAAAGGCUGUUUUAUAUUUUGAAAAAGCUGCUUUAAUGGAACCUAAUAAUCCGGAAUGGCCAAUGUUGACUGCCGGGUGUCAAAGACGUUCAGGAAAUUUUCAACGAGCAUUGGAAAUAUACAAACAAGUACAUAGAAGAUUUCCUGAAAAUGUUGAAUGUUUAAAAUUUCUUGUACAACUAAGCAAAGAAUUACGAUUAACAGUGGAAGAGCGUGAUUAUACAGAAAAAUUGGGAAGAAUUGAAAAAAUAGGACAAUUAAAAGCACAAAGAGAAUCUGGAGGACAAAGGCAAUUAUCAGCAAAUAAUGAAAGAAAAAAUAUUUUUGAUAUUUCAACUCCAACAUCUCAACAAAAUAGUCAAAGAAAUAGUGGAAGAGGAGCGACAACAAAUUCUGAAAGAGCUUCACAAAUUUUACAACAAGUUGGGGGAAGUAAUCAAAAUUAUCAAGCUACAAAAAGGGAUAUUAGUAAAUAUUUAAAAAGAAAUUUUUUAGUAAUUUUUUUAAUUAAAAAAUAG